GAAGAAGAAGAAGUGCUUCAAUUACACUUGCUCUUUCAAUGGCCUAUCAUGGAGUACCAGCUGCUAAAUUAGAUCCCACCAAGUCUCCCUUUGCUUUGUUGAUUCCCUCUCCAAAUCUGCCUACAUCUUCCUCCAGCCAUCAUUCUCUCGGCUCUAUAAAUACCCCCCCAAAGCCGACAUCCACUGUCACACCACCAAGAAAUUAACCUCUUUGAGUACUGUAGCUCGAGGGAGAGAGAGAGAGAGAAGAUGAAGUGCAUGGAUCUUCCUGUCAGCUUCCUCAUCAUCUUCUCCUCACUUGUGUCUGUCGCGCAGUGCAGCGGCAGCGGAUACCUCUACCCGCAGUUCUACCAGCAUUCAUGCCCGAGUGCUCAAGCCAUCGUGCGGUCGGUCGUCGCCAAGGCCGUCGCCAGAGAAGCCCGCAUGGCUGCUUCCUUGCUUCGCCUCCACUUCCAUGACUGCUUUGUGAAGGGCUGUGACGCGUCGCUUCUGCUGGACAGUAGCGGGACGAUAACGAGCGAGAAGAGGUCGAACCCCAACCGGAACUCCGCGAGGGGGUUCGAGGUCGUCGACGAGAUCAAGGCUGCACUGGAGAAGGAAUGUCCGCGCACCGUGUCCUGCGCCGACAUCCUUGCCCUCGCUGCAAGAGACUCCACUGUCCUGACUGGUGGGCCGAGCUGGGAGGUUCCGCUGGGGAGGAGGGACUCCAUAGGAGCGAGCAUUCAAGGCUCCAACAACAACAUCCCCGCUCCCAACAACACCCUUCGGACCAUCAUCACUAAGUUCAACCUCAAAGGCCUCGACCCCGUCGACCUCGUCGCUCUCUCAGGCAGCCACACGAUCGGGGACUCGCGGUGCACCAGCUUCCGGCAACGGUUGUACAACCAGACGGGCGACGGGCGACCGGACUCCACUCUGGAUACGACGUACGCCGCGCUGCUGCGCCGCCGCUGCCCGCGCUCCGGCGGGGACCAGAACCUGUUCACCCUCGACGCGCUGAGCCCCGGCAGGUUCGACAACCAGUACUUCAAGAACCUGGUUGCCGGGAAGGGCCUCCUCGCCUCCGACGAGGUCCUCUUCUCCGGCGGCAGCGCGACCACCAUGCGGCUGGUGAAGUGGUACGCGGAGAGCGAAGAGGCAUUCUUCGCGCAGUUCGCCAAGUCCAUGGUGAAGAUGGGCAACAUCACACCUUUGACAGGGAACAAGGGAGAGAUCAGGAAGAAUUGCAGGAGGAUUAACCAUUGAAAUGGGUGUCGAUGUGGCCUUCUAUUGUCCCAGUCUUCUUCUUCUUCUUCUGCGUGCUCGAUGGGUUGACUUCUUUGUGGCAUUUCCUCUCCAUAUAUAAUCCAAUAAAUCUGGAUUGAGAAUGUUUGAGCGGACAAGUGGGGCUCACAUGGGUCCCAUUUGAUCCAAAUA